AUGGCGAUGGCGCGCAGCUCGUUCCUGCCAGUGCUCCUGGUGGCCGCGCUGUUUGUGGUCCCGGCCUUUGUGCCUUCUCCGGCACCCCGUGUGUCACCUCAUGCGGCAGCGGCAGCAGGCGCAGUGCCGCUGUUGCUGGUGGCACAGCCAGCUUUGGCCGAGGACUACAUGAUGCCCCCUAGCUGGCCUUUCGUGGGAGUUUUCAUCCUCCUGGCGAGCGCCCUCCUGGUUGUGGGCAACUUCAUCUUCCCGGGCAAGAGGAUGGCGCGCAGCUCGUUCCUGCCAGUGCUCCUGGUGGCCGCGCUGUUUGUGGUCCCGGCCUUUGUGCCUUCUCCGGCACCCCGUGUGUCACCUCAUGCGGCAGCGGCAGCAGGCGCAGUGCCGCUGUUGCUGGUGGCACAGCCAGCUUUGGCCGAGGACUACAUGAUGCCCCCUAGCUGGCCUUUCGUGGGAGUUUUCAUCCUCCUGGCGAGCGCCCUCCUGGUUGUGGGCAACUUCAUCUUCCCGGGCAAGAGGAUGGCGCGCAGCUCGUUCCUGCCAGUGCUCCUGGUGGCCGCGCUGUUUGUGGUCCCGGCCUUUGUGCCUUCUCCGGCACCCCGUGUGUCACCUCAUGCGGCAGCGGCAGCAGGCGCAGUGCCGCUGUUGCUGGUGGCACAGCCAGCUUUGGCCGAGGACUACAUGAUGCCCCCUAGCUGGCCUUUCGUGGGAGUUUUCAUCCUCCUGGCGAGCGCCCUCCUGGUUGUGGGCAACUUCAUCUUCCCGGGCAAGAGGAUGGCGCGCAGCUCGUUCCUGCCAGUGCUCCUGGUGGCCGCGCUGUUUGUGGUCCCGGCCUUUGUGCCUUCUCCGGCACCCCGUGUGUCACCUCAUGCGGCAGCGGCAGCAGGCGCAGUGCCGCUGUUGCUGGUGGCACAGCCAGCUUUGGCCGAGGACUACAUGAUGCCCCCUAGCUGGCCUUUCGUGGGAGUUUUCAUCCUCCUGGCGAGCGCCCUCCUGGUUGUGGGCAACUUCAUCUUCCCGGGCAAGAGGGAUCUCAGCAGCAUCGCCCAGAACACGCUGGACCCGGAUGACCCCUCCAUCAAGGGCAAGAGUUGGGAGGCCGUAGAGAAGACCUUGCGCCAGCGGGAUGGCUACAUCGCGUCCCUCAAUGGCCCCGGCACCCGGAGCACGGGCGCUUCUCCAAAGGAGGGAGAUGGCAAGCCGUCCGCUGAUGGGAGAGCGAUGGAGUCCUCCAACGAGGACGUGGAGCUGCUGCGGCCGAAGGCGGCCGACCUUGCGCGGUGGCCGCGGCCCACGGCGUGGGCGGCGCUGUCCUUGGCUUUCGCGGGCGCCGGGUGCCUGGCGCUGGCGCUCAGGCCCAUGCUGCGAGCGGGCCAGGAGCCUCGCGAGCUUUUGGCCAACAGCCAGACCGGCUUCUACAGUUCGGGCGGCGACUUGGUGAAGCACUUUCAGAUCCAGCAGGACCGCGUGCCCGUGGCGGUGAUUGACUUCAUCUGGCCGGGCCUCAACGUCGAGUUUCAGGAGGGCGAGGGCACUGUGACGGCCCAGUCUUUGAGCGACUACACCUUCGCACUGCUCACUGGUGAGUCCCCUUUCGGUGGCACGAAGGGUGAGGUGAGGGUGCCGGCAGGAGGUUGUUGCAGCGAUCAGCUGAACUGGGGCGAGUAUGUGGCAUACACCCGGAAGCAGGUGUGCUACCUGGCGGCUUUGGUGGCCGCGGGCAACGAGGCGGCAGACUACAACAGCGGGCUGAGCCGCUUGAUCCCCCCGGACAAGUGCGACCACGACGAGUACGAGGCCGGGUUCAAGCGCUCGCUGCUGGGGCUGCUGGCCGCCUGCUCGGUGGACCCCACGCUGAAGGAGGGCCAAGGCCCCGUGCUGAUUGUGGCCAAGAGCAGCGACGGCCACGACCCCUCCAAGCCCUCCCCGGCGCUGGACUCCGAUGUGAAGCUGGAAGAGGGCUCUUUGCGCACCUGCCGCUUCCGCGACGGCAGUUCGGGGAACCCUGCAAAGAACGGCAUGGCGGUCACGGAGCCGUCGGCCUGCAGCGAAGAGCCGCCAGUGGACUUCAUGCGAGCCGGCAACAAGCUCCAGGGUCAGGUGAUGGUGGACAUCACCGCCGCCUGGAUCGGUGGCUACAUCUUGGCGCACAAAGGCUGCGGCGGAGUGGACGGAGGUCAGGAUGAGAGGCUGAUGACCACUAUGCCGGAAGUGAUGGUCUUGAGUUUCUUCAUGUCCGCGAAGGCCUCGCCGCUGGCCUCGGAGGGAGUGGCGUUGCUGGUGCCGGCCUACAUCAUCGGGGCGCGCAGGAUCUUCGCCGGUUUCGACGGGACCUCCAGAGACAUCGGGCCUGGGAACUUCAACGCAGGCAAGCCAGCGGUGAACCUCGCCGCGCCCAUGACCUCGGACCUCGCCAGCGUGGAGCUGCACGGCGGAGCCGCGCAGAUCAGCGCCACGAGCCCCUUCCUAGGCUUCCAGAGCAUCAACCAGCAGUCCGGCCUGGCCUCGGACGUGCCCACCGCCAGGCUGAACCAGAACCCCAUCCAGUUCGAGAUGGAUGGCGACUACGGCUUCCCGGAACAGGUCAAGGCCUGGUACAAUGCCGUGGCGCUCACCCAUUGGCACCCGGACGUCCAGGGCGUGCUCCGGACCCUCGCGGUGUCCAUCGGCUCCGGGCCCUGGGGGUCAGGAGUCUGGUGGGGCAACAGUCAGAUCUUCUUCCUGGUGGCCUGGAUGGGUCAGGCGCUCUCUUCCAGCUCCUGGGGUGAGAAGCCGCCACCCCUGGACUUCUACAUCUACUCGAGCUUUACGGAGAACCCCUCCAACCAGUGCCUCAUCCACGCCUACGACGACUGCGUGCAGUGCCUCAAUGCCUGCGAGGACGCCUACGCAGGCCCGGGGCGGAACCAGCGCUACUGCUGCAUGGAGCCGGAGCCUUGGAUCCCCUCCGCGGGGCUCUUCCCCCCCGCCGCCGACGGCAAGGCCUGCAUCCCCUCGGGCAUGGCGGCGAAGAUCUGCGGCACCAAGGGCUACGGCGACGUGUACGAGCACUUCAAGGACAAGACCGUGGGCGAGCUUUGGGCUGCGGUGAAAACGGCUGCGACCAGCCUCGACCCCAAGGCAAAGACCUUGUUCGACGCCAUGCUGCUCUGCUACGACCUGGAGGCCACGGAGCAGCGAGGGCCGAGCUUCCAGGAGCCCUGCAAUCCGCUGUACAGCAACUUCCCGUGGGAAGAGAAGGUGGACGACUUCGACAAGCCCGCGUCUUGCACCUACAAGAACUGGCGACACCAAUGCCUGAAGUACAAGAUCGGCACGCAGUGCGCCACCCUGACCAUGGAUGCAGGGGACGGGAAUGGUCUGAACCCGGCCAUGCUGGAUGCUUUGCAGGAUGCCAUCCAGGAUCUUCAGGAGCGGAGUGACGUGAGAGUCGUCCUUCUGAAGUCGAACGGGAAGUUCUUCACCAACGGCUUCGAUCCAAAGCACCUGAUGGCGGAGUCCACCAUGUCUGAUGAGGACAUCAUCGCCUUCCAGAUUCAGUUCGCGAAGAUCCUGUACUUCCUGCAGAGGCAGCAGGCAGCAACCGACCAACCGCGAGCCAAGAGCUACGGCGAGCAUCAUCCACGGUCAGAGCACCGGCUAUUCGGGAAGGAAGUCCAGGCCUCAACUGCAGGGGUUCCCUCCUUCACCGCGUCCGGCGCGAGCUUGAAGCUUGAAGCCAGCGAAGGCGCCGGCUUAUGGUGCGCCAUGGGUGGCAAGCCCAGCAAGGCCGGCAGCGUGCUGGCCAUCCGGGAGAUGAAUCCGGAUGGCCUGUGCUUCGACGUGAACCAGCCCAUGCUCUUCAAAGACAUCUACUACAAGGAGAAGAACAAGGAGCCGUGGCAGACGGAAUUCCUGGUGGAUGACACGAGCAUCGACAAGAAAAAGGUCGGAGACAAGUUGCUCUACCUGGGCCAACGCCUGGAAUGGGACGCUGAGAAGAAGAAGUACAAGCCCUUGAAGGGCAAGAAGUGGGGCAGCACAGCCAAAGGCUACGAGCUCGGGAAGUAUCUCUAUGACAAAAACGAGAAGAAGUUUCUGCCCAAGUUCCAGAACGGCAGGAAGGUGCUGGUCGAAGAGAUCGCGGAGGUGGAGAAGGAGCCGUAUAUCUUCAAGUUCCCGCAGUGGUGGUUUCCCCUGAAGCGGAGGAAGUCCAUCCUCGUGUGGGAGGAAACCGAUGGCUGCCCCAAGGGCAAAGUUCGCAUCGUCUACUCCGCCGGCAAGUCCAGUCAGAGUGGCAUGAGCAACGGCCCCGAGGACGAGUCGGGCGCCAGUGCGCCAGUCCACACGUACCACGCCAUCAAGAACACGAAGCUGGCCAACGACAAGAAGUACCUGGAGGCGGCGAAGAAGGCGCUCUGCGAGGUGCCCCCCAUCCGCCUGAAGUGCAACGGCGGGAAGUCCCCCAAGUGUGUCGAUGCGGACUAUGUGGCACCCCCGCCGCCGAAGCCCACCUUCCCGCGGGUGUGCUCCUUCCUGAACUCCACGCCAAAGCCGCCCCCCAGGCCGCCGGUGCUCACCUGGCAGAUCGCGGUGCAGACGGUGGGCGGGGUCUGCGAGAGCGACCCCGUGGAGCCCGGCAGCUCCGUGGACGAGGCGACGACUCGGGCGGUGGAUCCGUGGGAUGGAUACCCCUUUGUUGCCUUUUUGUCGUGCCACGCCUUUGGUGCCUUCAUAAGGCUCAAAUUGCGAGUUGCGAGCGGCGUGAACAGCGCGCGGAGCAGCGGCGAAAAGCUGCAUCAGCUCACUGUGGUGCUCCUGCAGGGCACCGUGAUGGGCGCCGGCAUCGGUCUGGUCUGCGCCUGCGACUACGUGAUUUCGGUGAAGGGCGCAUUCUUCACCAUGAGCGAGGCAAAGCUCGGGGCAGUGCCUUCCACUGCGUUGCCCUACAUCACCAGGCGAUGCACUCUCAUCAAGCAUUUGUAUCAGCUGGUCCUGGCCGGGGCCAACUUAUCCGCUGAGGUGGCGGAGGAGUAUGGCUUCGUGGACAAAGUGGUGGACGAGGCAAAAGACCUUGAGGCAGAGGGCCACGCGGUGUGCGACCGCAUGACGCUGUGCGCCCCAGGGGCAGUGGCAGCCACCAAGCAAGUCGUCAUGAACACUGUGGGCGUACCGCCUUCAUCAUUCAUGAUGAACUACGUGGCGGGCAUCGCCGCAGAUGUGCGGAAAGGACCUCAAACUUUGGUCGAGUUUCACCCCCUGACGGCACCCGAGCUUUCAGCCACCGCCGACUUCAAAGAUCACCGUUUGGAGGACUUGGUGAUCCUUGCCGGCCUGCAGGAGAAGAUCGCGCAAGGCCUUGCCACCGCGAAAGAGAAGACAGCUGAGGGCUACGACGCUGCCAAGGAGAAGGUGCAGCAAGUGGCUGAGAAGCCUUCAGACACCAAGGAUGACAAUGCCGAGGAUGCGGGCCUGCAGGAGAAGAUCGAGCAAGGCCUUGCCACCGCGAAAGAGAAGACAGCUGAUGACAAUGCCAAGGAUGUGGGCCUGCAGGAGAAGAUCGAGCAAGGCCUUGCCACCGCACAAGAGAAGACAGCUGAGGGCUACGCCGCUGCCAAGGAGAAGGUGCAGCAAGUGGCUGAGAAGCCUUCAGACACCAAGGAUGACAAUGCCGAGGAUGCGGGCCUGCAGGAGAAGACCGAGCAAGGCCUUGCCAUCGCACCAGAGAAGACAGCUGAGGGCUACGCCGCUGCCAAGGAGAAGGUGCAGCAAGUGGGCGAGAAGCCUUCAGACACCAAGGAUGACAAUGCCGAGGAUGUGGGCCUGCAGGAGAAGAUCGAGCAAGGCCUUGCCACCGCACAAGAGAAGACAGCUGAGGGCUACGCCGCUGCCAAGGAGAAGGUGCAGCAAGUGGCUGAGAAGCCUUCAGACACCAAGGAUGACAAUGCCGAGGAUGCGGGCCUGCAGGAGAAGACCGAGCAAGGCCUUGCCAUCGCACCAGAGAAGACAGCUGAGGGCUACGCCGCUGCCAAGGAGAAGGUGCAGCAAGUGGGCGAGAAGCCUUCAGACACCAAGGAUGACAAUGCCGAGGAUGUGGGCCUGCAGGAGAAGAUCGAGCAAGGCCUUGCCACCGCACAAGAGAAGACAGCUGAGGGCUACGCCGCUGCCAAGGAGAAGGUGCAGCAAGUGGCUGAGAAGCCUUCAGACACCAAGGAUGACAAUGCCGAGGAUGCGGGCCUGCAGGAGAAGAUCGAGCAAGGCCUUGCCACCGCGAAAGAGAAGACAGCUGAGGGCUACGACGCUGCCAAGGAGAAGGUGCAGCAAGUGGCUGAGAAGCCUUCAGACACCAAGGAUGACAAUGCCGAGGAUGCGGGCCUGCAGGAGAAGAUCGAGCAAGGCCUUGCCACCGCGAAAGAGAAGACAGCUGAGGGUUACGCCGCUGCCCAGGAGAAGGUGCAGCAAGUGGCUGAGAAGCCUUCAGACACCAAGGAUGACAAUGCCGAGGAUGCGGGCCUGCAGGAGAAGAUCGAGCAAGGCCUUGCCACCGCGAAAGAGAAGACAGCUGAGGGCUACGCCGCUGCCAAGGAGAAGGUGCAGCAAGUGGCUGAGAAGCCUUCAGACGAGACACAGAAGCAUGACCCAACUUUCAUGGACAAGGUGCAAGGCGGUCUAUCCGCUGUGCAGGAGAAAAUGGUUCAUGGCUAUGCGGCCUUCGUUGAGGCGACCAAGACUCUCACUGGCGAGAAGGAGGCGGGGGGCUCCAAAGAGGCGGACGCGGAACCGGGCAAAGUGGAUGACCGCAAUGUCGCCACCCGGGUUUGCGCGCAAGUCAUGAUCGACCCGCGCGGAUUCAGAAUCCGCAUGGCGCUACUCCAGCUGAAGAACCCCUUCGACGGCGGCCGGAAUUGGGACUUCGGGGUCCGCAGCUGGAUUAGCCCAGAUGUCCGCCUAAAGGACUGGGUGGUCUUUGGCAUUCCAUGGGAUAUCUACGGAAGUGUGGCAUAUCGCUCCGUCAGCCCUAUCGCCGGUCCGGGUGUGGCAUACCUUCCAGCACGCCCGAUGGCCAGUCCAGGUGUAGCAUAUCGCUCCGUAAGCCCGAUGGCCAGUCCGGGUGUGGCAUAUCGCUCCGUAAGCCCGAUGAGCAGUCCGGGUUUGGCGCAUCGCUCCGCAAACCUGAUGGCCGAUGCUGGCGCGAGAGAUGGCGUCUCGCCGCGCCCAAGCGCACGCAGCGCUCGACGCUCCGGGUCUCGCUCUGUGAGCCCAGCGGCCAGUCCCAGUCUCAGGUCUCGCGAGGUGAGCGGAGCUGGAAGCCUAGGCGCCGUGAAGUACCGCGCCGGCUCCGGCCCUAACCCGGCGGCCGAGAUGAUGGCCGCGGCGCUGGCGCAGGUUCCCUCGCAGAUGCGGGACCCGACGCCCAGAUACCUGAAAAGCCAGGAGGCGGCCACUCCACUUACCUCGGCCUCCAGUCCAACCAGCCCCGAGUCUCAGGAGAAGACACACAGGCCGGUGCCGGCGCCGCUGAGCCCGCAGUCCUCCAAGAGGAUCUCAGCGUUGUCGUCCCCCAAAAGCCAGAGCCAGUCAUUGAGGCGCAGCUUCUCGGGGCUGGAGUCCGAAAGCUCGCUUGCCCCGAUCCACGCCGGGUCGGAGCCUGGAAGUCCGCACCACACCUUCCACCGCACCUUCCGCGACGGGACUCUGCCGAUGCCUGGGGGCCGGUCCAGGUCCCUCCAGCUCCGCGAGCGCAGCGUCUCCCGCGAGCGCGAGGACGUGGUGAAGGCAAGCCAUCGCCUCUCCCGCGCCAGCACGGCCAGCUUUAGGCUCAAGUGCACGGAGACUCGUUCCGCGUCCCCCGGAGCUCGAAAUCGCAAGGGCCCCAAGGGCCCCAAAGGCGCCUCGCUGCGCAAGGCGCACACGCAGGACUGGUUCCCCACUUAUAUGCCGAAGUCGCACGGCCACGCUUCCGGUCAUGCCUUCCAGCGGUCCUUUGAGAAGCAGCUCCGCGGGGGUGAGGAGGCCCCAGCCCCACUGCCGCUUCGAUCGAAGAACACGCGCUGA